AUGUCUCUCCCACGUCGAUCCUACGAUCCGAGGCGCGUCUGUCUUAUUCCGCUACCUCAGCUUCCGGCAUUCCUCCAAACGAGCAAGCGCCAGUUCGGCAUUUACCUCUCUGGAGCCCUCUUUGCCCUAGGUUGGUGGUUCUUCCUCGAUGCCUCCAUCAUCUCUUCGAUGCGCCGCCGCGUUCCCGCAGACCCUACGGUCCCUUACGAACCACCAGCCACGUACAUCACCUUUGCCGACUGGGUGCCUGGUCUGUGCGGUACCCUCGGCAUGAUCGUCGUCAACUUGAUCGACAAGCAGCACCUUACCGAUGUUGGGGCUGCGUUUUCCUUUGGUGGUGGCAGCGGCGGUGGUGGGUUUGCAGGUGAUAGCGUCCAAUGGAGAGCUAGGCUGUUUCUCUUUAUCGGUUUCGCACUCAUGGCCGGCGGUUUGGCGGGGAGCAUCACUGUGUUGACUGUCAAGUAUCUGGUGCCGUAUCUGCCAGAGGGUUACGAGUAUUAUGGUGUUGCCAACGUGAUCCAGAAUGUCUGCAUCAUGUCGAGCACCGUGCUGCUCUGGUUGAGCCAGAACACCGAGAGCGAGUACGAGUACAAUCUGACGCUCUGA